AAGGCGUUUUAUCUCCCAGCGCUGCUCUCUAGACUUUUUAGAAGACAUAGUGGAAUAUGCCAGUGUACGAAGGAACAAGCAUAUAUCUGGGUCUCCAAGACACAAAAGUUUGAAGAAGAUGCACUUCAUCAAGAACAUGAGACAGUAUGACACCAAGAACAGCAGGAUAGUGUUAAUCUGUGCUAAACGAACACUGUGUGUGGCUUUUUCUAUCCUACCUUACGGGGAGAGUUUACGGAUCAGUGAUCUAAGAAUGGAAGGACAGAAGCAGCGACAUCCUUCUGGGGGAGUUUCAGUCUCCACGGAGAUGGUGCUUGGACUGGAAGGAGUCGAGCUGGGUGCUGAUGGCAAGGUUGUGUCCUAUGCAAAAUUCCUGUAUCCGACCAAUGCCCUUGUUGUUCGCAAAGCCGACAGCCACGGUGCUGUUCCCUCGUGUCGAGCUGGUGCUUCUCGGAGUCUUCCUGGAUCAAGAUACAAACCUGUGACAGCAAAAACAAUACCAGCAGGAACAGACCUUGGAAGUGAAGGUGGGGAAGCCGCAGAGUAUGAUCCAAAUAUUCUGGAUGAUCCUCAAUGGCCCUGUGGAAAACAUAAACGUGUUCUCAUCUUUGCCUCUUACAUGACUACAGUCAUAGAAUAUGUGAAACCCUCAGACCUUAAAAAGGAUAUGAAUGAAACCUUUAGAGAGAAGUUUCCUCAUAUCAAGCUGACACUGAGCAAAAUUAGGAGUUUAAAGAGAGAGAUGCGGAACCUGAGUGAAGAGUGCAAUCUGGAGCCAGUUACUGUCUCCAUGGCUUAUGUUUACUUUGAGAAGCUCGUCCUCCAAGGCAAACUCAACAAACAGAACCGCAAACUGUGUGCUGGUGCUUGCGUUCUGCUUGCAGCCAAGAUCAGCAGUGAUCUCAGGAAACACGAAGUUAAACACCUUAUAGAUAAACUAGAAGAGAGAUUCAGAUUCAACAGAAGAGAUCUCAUUGGUUUUGAAUUCACCGUCCUUGUAGCUUUGGAACUGGCUCUCUAUCUUCCUGAAAACCAAGUUUUACCUCAUUACAGACGGCUCACACAACAGUCUUAACCAAAGCUACGUUCCGCUGACAGCCAGUGGCGCUGGGGAUGGCACCACUGAACGCUGCUGGUGAAGUUGCCACCAGCCCUUCCACGCCCCUGCGCGCAUCCUGCCCUGGCUACAGCCAGUUUUGGAGCCUGCAGCGUGUCACUGAACUGUGAGGUGUGCAUUGUGGCCACGUAUGGCAAGUCUGGGGGAUGGUACGAGAAGAGUUAAUGAACUUUUAUUUUCUUUUGGACGUUUAAAGCACAGAUAUUCACCAGUCAGCUGUCAUGGCUGCUUAUUAUUCCUUAUUUAUCUUUUUGGUUUUACUAAAACUGUUCUUCCCUAUGAAGAAUACUAUGGUAUUGUUUCUUUUUGUUUAAAGCCUUUAUUAUAUUCCUUGAAACUAAAGGAAGCAUCACUUCCAUUCCAGUGCACC